AUGCUGGUGUGUGAGCUGUCAGCUGGCCAGGAUGCUGGUGUGAGGGCUGUCAGUGAGGUAACGCUGGCCAUGCUGCCCAGGCUGUAUGUGGAGGAGCUGGUCCUGAAUAAAGUUUCACAGUUUCAUUGCUGUUUCAGGCUGGCCACGAUGCUGGUGUGCGGGCUGUCCCGAGAGGUGACGCUGGCCGUGCUGCCCAGGCUGUAUGUGGAGGAGCUGGUCCUGGAGCUGGGCAGGAGAAACAUCCACCCACUCACGGACUCCAGCAGCAGGGAGGACCUCAUCAGCCUGCUGUGUGAUGUCAUGAUAGAAGAGUACAGCAGGGGAAGGAAGGCUGCCUGUACUAAUAGAGUACAACAACAACAACACAGUACAACAACGGCUCUACAGAGAAAACACAGUACACCAACAGCUACAAGACAGGCAUCAGGGCACGAGAGCAGGAACACUACACCAUCACCAGCUACCAGCACCAAGACAACUACAAGUAUGGAGAGGCAAAGGAGACCAAGCGGUCAGACAAAUGGGAGUUUGGGCAAGCAGGUGAGUUCGAGUGUACCUGUGCGGGAGACACAGCGCACUGAAUACAUAGGUGACGUGAUAGUUGUUGAAGAUGACGAACCCGAACUUGGACACGGAAUGCAAGAAGCUCAAAGCACGGAGGUACCAAGUAUGUCAGUGCGCACACGUCAACAUUCCAAACUGCAGCCAAGCCCUGUGCUCACGCAUCAACAUUCCAGACCGCAGCCAAGCCCUGUCCAAAGAGGUAGACAUACUAGUAGUAAUAGCACGGAACCACCAGCAUGUAACACUCCUGAUGCUUGCUCUAGCACGGGCAUACAGAGAGUGCUAUCGCCAGAAGAGAACAAUGUUCGACCGUAUAAUCAAUUGCAGAGGACCAGUGGAAAGGAGGCAUCACCCAAAGAACCCGCCAGUAGAGAUGCGAAUGCAACAAUACCUGAGAUUCAAGAAGUCGAACAAAGAUCAAACAGUCAGCCGGAUUCCAGUCUAAACGUUGGAAGCACAACUACCCAAGGGGGUGGACCCGGAACCGAAAGUUUGACGAAUGUGGAAAUGAACAACCAUACUGAAACAACUGUCCAGGAAACAUCUGUGCUAGAAGCAGCUGUACCAGAAGUAAUUAUGAACAUAUCAAACAACCUCACAGAGGAUUCAAGUCAAAAUAAUGGGCACAACAAUACCACAGGUGCAGUCAGAACUGUAGACAGUUUGGCCGUGUAUAGCCAGGAGUUCUUCAACUCAGGUUCUGCAAGACCACCAGGUUUCUUGCAGACGAUGCCGAGUAUUUCUCCCUCCCAGUCUGAGCCAGUUUUCCAGACUUCCAAUGCAGAGGGGUCGAUAUCGUGCCCAGUCCUUUUAGAGGCACUCGGAAUGGAAGGGUCUUCGUCAAACGACUCCCUGCUAGGAGCCCAGCAGCCUACCUGUACGGUGACAACGUCAGAAGAAGCGAUGGCCAUCUGGCAGGAUUUAUCCAAAAGGAGUCAAACUACAGAGUCCGACGGCUCUACUACACAGUCGAAACGCGGGAAGAAGAGAAAAGCAUACGAAAGCAGCCGGCACGUUUGCCAAGAGUGUGGCUACAAGGCACCCAGUAACUGUGCCCUGGUCAUUCACAUGAGAAAACACACUGGAGAGAAACCGUACGGUUGCGACUUGUGCGGCUAUAGGACGGCCUACAAGACGUCAAUGGUGGCCCACACAAUGAAACAUAAAGGGGACAAGCCCUACAUGUGUGGGGAAUGUGGGUACCGAUGCGUUCAGAAGGGACACCUGACGGAACACAUGAAGAUCCACAUAAAUGCAGGAGAGAAGUACUUCCAUUGUGGGUACAACUGUGGGUACAAAACUACUGAAGAGCACUAUCUGGAGAUCCACACAUGUAAAAACAAACCAUCUCAGGAUACAGAAACAACUGUACAAGAGUAAGGAUUAGAUACAGGUCUAGUGUAAAUAGCCAAAAAAGGACUAGAAAAAGCAUGGAUGGCUCAGGUACAUAACUUUCAUGUAAUUAUAUUCUCCAAGCAGAGGUUUUGUCAAGGCAAGCAGGGGCUGGGCUAGUAGUGGCUGUGAUUUCUUUUGUCUGUUGCCUCUGCUAUUGACUCUUAAGCCAAGGGCACAACCCGCCCUACCUUUUUGUCUACGUUUUUUUGGGAAGCCAUGGCCACCACGUUUUUCUGAAAACAUGGGGAAGGACUGGGCCGGGCACAUGGCAAGAACAUGGAGGAAGUAUGUCUCAACGGUGCCACUCACACGGUUGCAUUUUUUGCACAUAGACAGCACGCACGUACAGCGGGUUGUGCCCUUGGCUUUAGUGGCAGACUUUGUACUUACUUGCAAAAUGGCCGUAAUGUGUCAGAUUAGACUGAAAGAAUUGAAGACUUUUGUGGCAGAGGUGGGGCCAGGCAAGCAAAAAAUAACACAGCCACUACUUGCUCAUCCAGUACAUGUAGAGAACUAGAAAAACAGCAAGCCAGUUUAGUAGCCCCUUCUACGUAUUACCUCAUUUUGUGACGCAGACUCAUGUCCAUAACAUAUGUAUAAUACUGGUGCAUGGAAACAUAAAGGGGCACCUCAUAUAUUAUUUAGUACUUCUCAAAGAGAUGUUGACAGGGAAUAAGACAGUUCUAAAAUGAUCAGACUAUCAGUAAAUAUGUUUGCAUACACUUCAUACAGUCAUAUUAGCUUAUGUUUGUUAUGGUAUGCUUAGGGUCUUUUAUGUAGACAUGUAGGUAUAGUAAUAGUAUAUAAGCAAGUGGAUAGCAGCAGCACAUGAAAACUAUUAUAUUUACCUUACAGUUACAGAAGUGGCAUAUCUCUUUUUCCAAAAUUUAUGAUUUUUAUGAUAACAUAACUAAUCAAUAGAAUAUAGAUGUUUAGUUUAUAAAAGAAAGUAAUGAAAAUAAAUAUAUAUUUUAAUAUAUUAUACUAGUAGUUCCAAAGUUUAGUUUGUAGUAUAGCAGUUAUACUAAACAGGAACCACUGAAGGUUUGGACUAGUUUUUAUAGUCUAAACAGUUGACUGAGUUAUACAACUUUAUUUUUUAGGUGUUUUGUUUCUUGUGCCAGGAAGUUAGAUAUAUUUUCCUCUAUGAAAAAGUUUUACUAACAACUAGAUAUUUUAGUUUUGUUAUGUAAAUUCUAUAAAUAUAAAAUGUUGAACAACAACUAGAACAAGAACUAACUUAUGACAUCUUGUUUUAUUUUUGUUUACCAUGUCGCAUCUGUUUGUGUCUCACGUGGAAAUAUACAUGUUGAUAUACAUAUA